GGAAGACAAGCGGCAUACACCAUAGACAAAGACGCUCUUUCCACCCUGAGGGAGGCCUGCUACUUCCGUCGUCAUCUGUACUUGCCAUUCUUUUUCUCUCCCUUUCCCGCCCAGAACCGGCCCUGGAAGUAAAGGCGAGCGCGUUGUCAUGACAACCGGGGGAGACGGCGGAAGAAGUCAGGAGCCGAAUCAGAACGAUUCGAUGCUCCAUGGGAGAAUGGCGAAGACGUGACCGCGGGGCGGAGCGUUGGUUAUUCUCGCGCGGGAAAUUGAGAUCGGCUGGUUCGGGCGGUAGGACGUUCUUGAUCUGAGAAGGCUGCGUGAGGAUCCCAUUUGCAUUUACUCAGAAGUAAGCCCCACCAAGAUUAGAAGUUUGAUCCUGUGUAUCUUUACUCAAAAAGAAUCCUGUGUUCUCUAUAGUGUUGACUUACAAGUUUACUUGGAGAAAAUGCAGUUUUUUAGAAGCAGCAGACGGAAGUUGGAGGCUGAUAGACAAGAUCAGUACCCUCUUAGCCUUCAGUUCUAUCUACAACCUCCUGCUGAAAAUAUAUCUUUAAUUGAAUUUGAAAGUUUUGCUGUUGAUAGACUUAAACUACUCAAAGUAGUAGAGAACUUGGGUGUGAGUUAUGUGAAAGGUUCUAAUGAGUACAAUACAAAGUUGGAAUCAGAACUUCGGAAUCUUAAGUUUCCAUACAAAGCUUUGCUUGAAGAGGAUUAUGAUGCAAGAAGAAAAGAUCAUAUUUCUCAUUUUAUACUGCGCCUUGCCUAUUGCCAAUCGGAAGAGCUUAGGCGAUGGUUUAUCCAGCAAGAAAUGGACCUCUUCCGCUACAGAUUCCCUCAGCUAACUGCUACGUUGGUUAAAAAGUUCCUUGAAAAUGUUAAUUUAGCAUUUGAUGCUAUUUCAGAAACUGAAAAGGUGAACAUUGGAGACAAGCUGCAGAAUUCCACUCCUGGUUUUGGUGGCAUUAAAAAAAUAGAAGAACAUGUCUUCUAUAAAGUUCCUUUCUGUGAUGCUGUGGAUUUAGUUCGUGUGAGAAGGGUUUACUUUCAUGGCGGCUUCGCCUAUGUACCUCAGCAAGAUUUUGUUACCAUUGUCUUGAACAAUUACAGAACCAAACUGUCAAAAGCCCUGGCACUAACAGCACGAUCACUGCCCGUUGUACAAACUGAUGAGAGACUCCAGCCUCUGCUCAGUCAUCUCAGUCAUGCAUAUGUUGGCCCAGAUUACAGCACUGCAAAAAAUACUGGGAAAAUUUCAUUAGAACAGAUUGAUGCUCUGUCUGUUAAAUCAUUUCCUCUCUGCAUGCGCCAGCUGCACAAAGCUCUGUGUGAUAACCAUCAUCUCCGUCAUGGAGGCCGUAUGCAAUAUGGCUUGUUUCUAAAAGGUAUUGGCUUAACACUAGAACAAGCUCUGCAGUUCUGGAAAUCUGAAUUCAUCAGAGGAAAAGUGGAUGCAGACAAGUUUGACAAAGGAUAUGCUUACAGCAUCCGGCAUAACUAUGGAAAAGAAGGCAAGAGAACUGACUAUACUCCCUUCAGCUGCAUGAAAAUUAUCAUGUCCAAUCCACCAGGCCAAGGGGAUUAUCAUGGGUGCCCAUUUCGUCAUAGUGAUCCUGAGCUGCUGAAGCAGAAGCUGCAGUCAUAUAAAAUCCCUCCUACUGGGAUCACUCAGAUUUUGGACCUGGUGAAGGGUAUGCAUUAUCAGCUGGCCUGUCAGAAAUACUUUGAGCUGACCCAUGAUGUCGAUGAUAUUGGGUUUUCUUUGAACCAUCCAAAUCAGUAUUUUGCAGAGAGUCAACAGCUCCUUGGUGGCAUCAAGGAUAUCAAGAAAGAACAAAGGCAGCCCGAAAGCUCCCAGCCGAAGCACAGCAGCCAGAAAAGUAUAACUACAACCUCCACUACCUCCUCUUUAAAUGCAACAGAAAAAAUGGAACUGGAGGGACUAGAGGACUACUUUGCUGAAGAUUGAGGAGCACCUGUUUCUCUUUUACAACAUACAUUUUACCAUCUCUCUAUAUAUUUUGAAGCAGCUCUCUUGAGAAUCAGGAGAUGGCAUCAUGGUUAACGCUGGCCUGUUGCAUUCUGCAUUAAAUAGAAAAUGGGAAACUCACUGUAAAGCAUCCAGCUUGUGCAUCAGUUUUGAACUACAGUCAUCCCUUAUGACAUGGAAACUGCAAAGUGUUUUGCAAGACUAAGUGAUAUUGCAGUUCAAAUCACAUUUUUAUUUCUGUGAACGAACCUCUGUGUUGCUAACCCUUCCAUCCUCGGCUCAUUGCUAUUGUGCAGCUUAUGUCCUCUAUUUUUCUUAAUAAAGCAGAUUCUGAAAUGUAGAUGAGUGCAUGCAUGGCUUGUGAGUGUUAGGUGAUGACCGCUAGAUAACAUAUGCAAUUCAUAACUCCUUAUGAAUGGCUUCUAUAAAUAUAGGGAAGCAGUCUUCCUGUGACUUAAAGUAGCAAAGGCAGCUGUUUGAAAAAGAAACUAGGUUUUAACUGCAUGUUGCCAAAUAUUUUUACAUUUAGCUGGUAGACAGGUCAUAGCCAAUGUAAUUAAAAUGAAGGGCUUCACAUCCAUUACUAGAGUUCCAUCUAUGAUUCCUAGAAUCAUAAGAGUUGGAAGGGGCCUAUAAGACCAUCAAGUCGAACCCCCUGCUGAAAGCAGGAAUCCAAAUUAAAGCAUAACUGACAGGUGUCUGUCCAGCUGUCUCUUGAAUGCCUCCAGUGCUGGAGAGCCCACCACCUCCCUAGGUAAUUGGUUCGCAGCUCUAACAGGAGGAAGUUUUUCCUGAUGUCCAGUCAAAAUCUGGCUUCCUGCGACUUGAGGCCAUUAUUCCGUGUCCUGCACUCUGGGACGAUCGAGAAGAGAUCCUGGCUCUCCUCUUCAUGGCAACCUUUCAAGUACUUGAACAGUGCUAUCAUAUCUCCCCUAGGUGUUCUCAAAGCUAAACAUGGCCAUUUCUUUCAGUCUUUCCUCAUAGGGCCUCCUCAUCUUUCUUAAAGUAUGGUGUCCAGAACUGGACACAGUACUCAAGUUGAGGCCUAACCAGUGCAGAAUAGAGGGAACCAAUACAUCACAUGAUUUGGAAACUAUACUUUUGUUAAUAUGGCCUAAAAUAGCAUUUGCCUUUUUUUCAGCCACAUCACACUGUUGACUCAUUCAGCUUGUGAUCAACAAUCUCAAGAUCUUUCUCACAUGUAGCAUUGCUGAGCCAAGUAUCCUCCAUCUUAUAACUGUGCAUUUGCUUUCUUUUUCCUAGGUGUAGAACUUUGUACUUAUCCCUGUUAAAUAUAAUUCUGUUGUUUUCAGCCCAAUGCUCCAGCCUAUCAAGAUUCCUUUGAAUUUUGUUUCUUCCAAGUUAUUAAUUAUCCCUCCCAAUUUUGUAUUGUCUGCAAAUUUGAUAAGCAUUCCUUUUACCUGCUCAUCCAAGUCAUAAUAAAAACGUUGAAGAGCACUGUGCCCAGGGCCAAGCCCUGUGAUACCCCACUUGUUACCUCCGCCCAGUUUGAGAAGGUACUAUUGAUAAGCAGUCUUUGAGCACGAUUCUGUAGCCAACUGUGGAUCCACCUGAUAGUUGUUCCAUCCAGCCCACAUUUAUCUUGCUAAUCAGAAUAUCAUGGGGCACUUUGUCAAAUGCUUUGCUGAAGUCAAGAUAUAUUAUGUCCACAGCAUUCCCACAGUCUACGAGGGAGGUUACCCGAUCAAAACGUGAGAUAAGAUUAGUCUGGUAGGAUUUGUUCUUGAUAAAUCCAUGUUGUGUUCUAGUAAUCACUGCAUUGUUUUCAAGGUGCUUACAGAUUGACCGCUUUAUAAUCUACUCCAGAAUUUCCCCAGGGAUCGAUGUCAGGCUGACUGGUUCCCAGGUUCCUCCAUUUUGAAGAUAGGCACAGAAUUAGCCCUCCUCCAGUCAUCCGGCACUUCACCCAUCCUCCCCAAUUUUGCAAAGAUAACAGACAGUGGUUCCGAGAGUUCCUUCAAUACUGUAGGAGUUUAUUGGGCCCUGGACAUUUGAACUUGUUCAAAGUUAUUAGGUAUUCCUUGAAAGUUGUUAGGUAUUCCUUGACCAUUUGUCUAUCAAUCUCAAGUGGCAAUCCUGCGCCUUCAAUUUCACAUUUCCCAGGAGGGUCAUAGACCCUCUUUUGUGAGAAGACUGAGCCAAAGUAGGAAUUGAGCACUUCUGCCUUUUCUUUGUCAUCUGUUAUCAUUUUGCUAUCCACGUUGAGUAGCUGUAUCACCGUUUCUUUUCUCUGUUUUUUACUAUGGAUGUGCCUGAAGAAAGCUUUUUUAUUGCUUUUGGCAUAUUUUUAGCUCAUUCUCACCUUUAGCCUUCCUGACGCCAUCCCUGCAGUUCUGUGCUACCUGCCUGUACUCUUCCUUUGUGGUCUGGCCUUCCUUCCACUUCCCAUGUCAUUUUUUGUUUUCAGGUCAUUUCUAAGCUUUCUGUGGAGCCACAUUGGCUUCUUCUGCUGUGUUUCCCCUUUUUUCUUUGAUGAAAUUAUAUGCCAUUGUGCCUUUAGAAUUUGCCUUUUUAGAAACUCCCAUCCAUCUUGGACUCGUUUUCUUAUUAGGGUUGCUUGCCACAGAACCUUACUUGCUAUUGUUUUGAAUUUAUUAAAAUUGGCUUUCCUGAAGUCCAGGGUACUCAUAUGGCUACUCUCAGCUUUUGCUUCCUUUAAAAUCAAGUAUAGCGUGGUCACAUCCCCCCAGAGUUCCCGUAACUGCCACUUUAUCCACCAAGUCAUCUCUGUUAGAAUCAAGUCAAGAAUAGCUGAUCGUCUAAUUGCUUCCUCCACUUUCUGUAGGAGAAAGUUAUCUUCAACACAAGUCAGGAAUCCUGUUAAGAAUAAUAGAAAACGUAUCUGAAACCAUAAAGAAAAUUGUGUGAAAAGCAGUGGAAGCUUUCCAUUAAUAUAAGGAUGCUUAGAACUCUAGAAUUAUCACAAAAUUAGACAUUUUAAAGGUAUAUUUUGCAUUUCCAAGGACUGCAUAUUUGCUGUGAAACCUUACAUUUCAUUAUGUUUUAUACAUACUACAUUACCUGCCCUGUCAAUAGCAUAAAUUUAGUUUUUGGAAAUCAGGAGUGGGAUUUAAAAUAACUUUUGCUAAAUGAAGUAUUCAAAGAAUUCUAGGCUGCAAUCCUAAUUAUCCUUUGACUGAGAGUAAACCCCAUUGGAUUUACGAGCUUCCUUUUGAAUAGACAUGCAUAGGCUUGCACUGUGGUAGGAUUGACUACCAGCACAACAGGAAUGUGUUGUCCUCUUGUUGAGAGAGGUGAAUCUCUUCAUUUCUCAUUUUUCUGGUCUUCAGUUUUCCACAUUUCCUCAUCAGCGAUUAAAAAAAAAAGCCCUCAUGAAAAUUCAUCAGAAUUUUAGUGAAAAUUUCUCUUAAUAUACAUGAUUGUAUGCAAUUUUGUCUAAUGUACACAGUUUUGCAAAGCAAUUUCCCAUAAUCUGAAGCAUUUUUGUAAAUUUCACUAAUGUAUGCAUCUUUAUGCACACUUUGACCCAGUGUACGCAUUACUUGGCUGGCAAACUGCAUUGCAAAAUGUGAAUUUCAAAGGAUGGCUCUGUUUUGGUUUGCAUAUUGUUUCAGGAGGUGCAAAUUUGAUAGAUUCACCUUUAAAUGCUAACUGAAUAGAAUUUCUCCCCCAUCCCUACUCCUUGUGCCUAACUAUCUCAUCAUUCUGCUUUUAGUUACUCUCUCCCCUUAGCUUAAAGUAGUCACAUCUUAAGAAAAACCUUCUGUGAAGUUUUAUUGAGUAUUUUGUCUGAUAAAUAUUUCCAGAUAAAGAAAUUCAGCAGUGAAUGCAUCUUUUAUUAACUCAGGCUGGAGUCCUUCCUCCAGCCAGGGAUGUCCCAUUAAUUGUUCUUGGGCCAGACACUUUAUUUUAAUUUAAUUUAAUUUGAAUUUUCUUUAAUUUAUAUCCCCCCUUUCUUUCAUCAAGAAACCCAAGGUGGCAUACGUGUGAUUCCUAGGUGGUGUCCCAUCCAGGCAUUGGCCAGAGCCACACCUGCUUAGCUUUAGCAAGGUGGUGGCCUCAUGUGCCUUCUGACCAUACCCUGGGACCACUCUAAUGGUCCUGUUGUGCUAGCUGGCCACUCGUAGCACUGCAGUGUUGGUGUAACUCCUGUUGGUAUCCUGUGCACUUUGAAAAGGGGAAGAAGUCACUCCCAAAAACACAGAACGACAUACUCAGCAGCAACACCACUGACUCCCACCAAUCAUUAGAUGGCACACAGACGAUGCCUCUGUAAGAAUCAUAGAAGCAGGAAAUCCAUUUAUGGCAAUGGGGAGAUGCAGAUGAAGGCACGCUGUUUGCCUAGGCCUUCCGGAAAGGGUAAGGUGUAUUGAGGAUUCAUAUGUUUUGGUUGCUGCUGCUGCCUCCUUAUAAGCUUCUUUUUGUAUUUGGCUGUUUUGUGCUGUUUUUAGCUUUUUUAUGGUUAAAUUUGAUUUUUGAAUUUACGCCCUGGAACCUUUGGGUGAAGGACUAUUAUAAAUAUUUUUAAUAAUAAAAUAAAAAUGCUCCCAUGGUACCUACCUCCAUAUACAACCUGCCGGGCACUAUUAUUGUUGUUGCUGUUAUUACUACAUUUAUGCAGUAUAUUAUUAUUUAUAUCCCACCAUUCCUCCAAGAAGUUCAAGGUGGUAUACAUGGUUCUCUCCAUUUUAUCCUAACAACCCUGUGAGGUAGGUUAGACUGAGAGAUGGUGACUGGUCCAAGAUCAUGCCCAAGUAGGGAUUUGAAUUUUUUCUUGCUUUAUGAGACUCGCAUGGCCUGCCAUAUUUAAUUCAAUGCCACGUUAAAAGUCCCAUUCUUCAAAGCUGUGGUUUUCUGUUUCUGAUCCCCCCCCCAUUCCCUUCUGUGUAAAAUCCAAACCUUUCCUCCUCCAGGCACUUUAGAGAAUUUCU